GUGCGCUGCAAUGUGUUCAAACACCUACAGCUGGAAAAACUCACGCAAGGGGGACGCACGUCGUGCAAGCCCCCAUGCCACCAGACCUGCAUCCCUACACUUUCACCAGUACUCAUGCACGCUAUGUGCACGUCAUAUACAGCUCGCAGCUCGAGGCCAAGCAUCAAAAUAACUUAUUUAAACCAUUUAUGAGCCAUCCUUUUUUUUAAAAUCCGGAAGGCAAACCACCAAAAAAAUAUUAAUCAAGUAGAAAAGAGAGGGGGACUAGGACAUGUUUGUCAGCUAAGAGAGACCUUGGAAUGAAAUUUGGAAGACAAAUGACCUGAAAUCCGUCAUCCAUUAAAACGUUAGAGAUGUAGUGAGCUCGCCAAUUUGCAUCCCUGAAAACGUGGCUGAAGACAAUCUGCUUCUCAAUCAUCAGAAAUUGCACUAAAUAGGAGUAAAAACGUUUUAAAAUUCCAAAAUAGGAGUAUCAUGUUUUUUAUUCCCUGAAUAAGAGUAAUCUGCCAAGUUUAGAAGAAAUGUCAUGUUUAAAAGCUUUGUAAUGUCAAACUUGGCAGAAAUUUACUCCUAUUCAGGGAAUAAAAAACAUGAUACUCCUAUUUUGGAAUUUCAAAACGUUUUUACUCAUAUUUAGGGAAUUAUCUCCUCGCCAUUUACCAUGAAAUCUUCGAUAGAGAGAUUAUCUCAAGGACUUCAAUCGAAUCUGUCUCUACCUCGAAUCCAUGGAAUCUUUGCUCAAUCGCCCAAGUAACUGAUAGUCGAAGUGCUUCCAUCUCCGCCUCCAAACUGAAUCGAGCAGAAAUAGGAAAGUGUAGUGCGAAGAAUCCCUCAUCAACGCUCCAGCUGUAGCACCAUCAACGGAAUAGGAAGCGUCCACAUUAAGUUUAUACUCCAGUAAAGCUAGGAAACGGAAUAGCAGUACUAAAAAGGAUUCGAUUAUUUAAUGUUCAGACUCCGGAGGUAUAUGUAUAUAUGACGGGUUAAAAUUAAAACAAGAAAAAUCACACGAAAGAAUUUAAGAUUUCAAGGAGGCUGGUGAUUUGCGCAAGCAGGAGUUAGAGCUUAGAAAGCCGUACGUUAUGGGGAAGCCUCAUCGAUUCCCAGGCGUGAGCGAAGAGUUGCAGAAGCUUGUGGAUGCGGAUAUGGACUUCGUCGAUGCCAGGCGUCGUGCGCGCGAAGCAUUUAAGCAUAUUCAGCUCUCAGUCGAUCAUAUUUUGUUUAAGACACCUUCUGAUGGAUUAAAGAUGGAGGAGUCUUAUGAGGUCAACUCUAGAGGAUUAGAGGUUUUCUGCAAAAGUUGGCUCCCAGAGACGAUUUCCCCCAAAGCAGUGAUAUGCUUUUGUCACGGUUAUGGAGAUACUUGCACAUUUUUCUUUGAAGGGGUUGCCUGGAAGUUGGCGAGUGUGGGAUAUGGUGUGUUUGCCAUGGACUAUCCUGGUUUUGGUCUUUCUGAAGGUCUACAUGGCUACAUACCAAGUUUUGACAACCUGGUUGAUGAUGUCAUUGAGCAUUACUCUAAAGUUAAAGAGAACCCCAAACUACGUAAUCUGCCCAGCUUCCUUUAUGGAGAAUCAAUGGGUGGUGCAGUAGCUCUGAAGAUGCACUUGAAGCAACCCGAUUCAUGGAACGGUGCUAUUCUUUCUGCACCUAUGUGCAAAAUCGACAAGAACUUGGUUCCACCAUGGUUGUUAACGCAAGUUUUGAUCGGUGUAGCGAAAUUUCUACCAAAGCAUAAGCUCGUCCCUCUAAAUAAUUUGGGUGAUUUGGCAUUUAGGGAAGCAACUAAAAGGCAAAAGGCAGCAUAUAAUAUCAUUGCUUAUAGGCAUAAACCACGUUUGGGGACGGCCCUGGAAUUACUGAAAACAACCAAAGAGAUAGAGGAAUCACUAGAAAAGGUGUCGUUACCGCUGUUAAUCUUGCAUGGAAAGAAAGAUGUAUUGACUGAUCCAUCAGUAAGUGAAGCAUUGUAUGAGAAGGCAAGCAGUGGUGACAAGACGUUCAACCUAUACGAGGAAUCAUACCAUUGCCUGCUUGAGGGUGAGCCAGAUGAUAUGAUCCACAAAGUCUUCAAUGACAUGAUUUCUUGGCUUGAUGAUCGUAGCACUACUACAGGUUAACCAUGCACCUUUCUUGCUCACUUUUCCAGUAGUGGAAAGAAAAUCGGGGA